AUGUGCUAUGUUGCGCUCACUGCUCGGCACAUCCUCUCCACGGCAUCUGAUAUCGCGGCCAUGACACGGUCAUUUCAUGUAACACCCCGGAGAGACUCGCCUUAUGCGUCGAUACUGCUGUCGUUUCUCAAGACAUCCACCGCACUCCAGCUCGCAGGGACCAUCUCCCGCAUUGCUCUCACCUUCAUUCCCCUCGUCUUCCUCAAAAAGCUCAAGGCACGCAGGAUACUCCAGAAGAUUGAUGUGAAGAUGAGCAAUGGUCGCACCGACCUCGAGGAGAAACGGGCAAGGAUUGUGCAGCAUGAGCGACGCAGUACUAUUGCCUUUCACAUCCUCCUGUUUACUCCCAUCAUUCUCUUUUGGCUCACCAUUGUAGCCAGUCUCGAGCGGACUCCUCUGACGGGCAGAUGGCGGCUCAUCCUACUCUCUCCAGAGGAGGAGGAGGACAUCGCUGCGCAGCUCGCCGGUGCCGGCUGGUACCGCGCCGUUGGUGAGAUUCUCUCGCAGCGCGGGCCACCACGGCUCGUCGAUCCCGGCGACUGGCGCCUGACGUGGGUGCAGGACACGCUGCGGCGGCUCGAGGCGGUCGUUCCCGUCCUGCAGCACGAGCACGAUCUCGUGCCGGACUGGAUGGAACACGGGUCCGAUGAUGGUACAGUGCCGUGCCCGCCGCCUGCAGAAUUUCCCCUGCGCCCGCGACCACGCGCGUCCGAGUAUUUCCGGCGGGUCGCAGAGGCGGCAUGUGCACGGACCGUUCACUCAUCGCCGCACGCGAUCGCUGGCCCGCCAUACUCGCUACUCGUCGUGGACGAUCCGGAGGCGUCGAACGCGUUCUCGUACGGGUUCGGCCCCGACGGCGGAGGGGGCAUUGUCGUGUUCUCAGGCUUCCUUGACGACGUGCUCUCAAAGUACCAGCCUUCUGUAGAGGAGCUGCCGCCGCCGCCAAAGUCGUUGUGGGCCCAUUUCUUUGGCGGUUUGUUCUCAUUCGCACCGCCCACACCCAUACAGCCGCUGCCAACAGAAGAGCAAACAUCAGAGUUAGCAAUACUGCUGGCUCAUGAACUAGCUCACUUAAUCCUGACGCAUCAUAUCGAAACACUAUCGUCGGGUUCGAUUGUCUGGCCUGGUGUUAUGUCGAUCGUGACAGAUCUCGUGCGCACACUGCUUUUCCCCGUCACUAUGCUCUUCGGUCCUUUCAUCAAUGACGCACUUGCCGGGGUAGGCAAGGCUAGCUCAGGGGAGGUUACUCGCUUGUCUGAGUACUGCACGAGUCAAUCACAAGAGAUCGAAGCGGAUAUCGUCUCUGCCAGGCUGCUGGCCCAUGCUGGCUUUGACCCACGGCAUGCUGUGCGCUUCUGGGAGGGUCGUCAGGAGACACCGCAGAACGCCGAGUGCUCGCUCACCCGCGCUGAAGGGCACUAUGAGGAUACCCUGGAGUCGCUUCCCAACCGUUGGAUGGGCGAGACACAUCCGGUGAACGUCGUACGUGUGCAGCGCCUCAAGGCGGAGCUCGACCGCUGGGAAAAAGUGCGGCAGCGUGCGCUACAAGAGCGCCGAAGGACAGCGGUCGCAAGUGCGGGUGCCCCGACCUGAUUAUAUAUUAUGGAUUUUCAUUAGUUUGGGUUGCUGUCGUUAAGUCAUCUAUCGCCGUACCAUACAUAUCUCACUAUCGUUGCAUUGUAUUUGUAGUGCCGUGGUCCUCGUCGUUGUUCGCUAUGAGUGUCUAUUUGUAUAUAUCGAUGCUUCCUGGACGUUCAGCACAGCAAGCC